UCGAGCAGCAUGCAAAAUCUUCCUGCACAGAAUUUUUCAUUUAUAACUUUCAAAUUCAAUGGUUUCUAUGAUUUGGGGGAAUGGAGGCCUUUUUUGUCCAUUCCCUACUUCCUUAUGUUUUUGUUGUCAACAGUGUCAAACUCUAUUCUUAUAUAUUUAAUUAUAUCUGAGAAAGCUCUGCACUCCCCAAUGUGUGUCCUAAUUGGUCUGAUGGCUGUUGUGGACUUGUUUUUGCCAAUAUUUUUUGUGCCACACAUGUUGCUCAGCUUUUUAUUUAACUGGAAUGGGAUUUCACUUUCCGGCUGUUUAAUACAAAUGUUUUGUAUUCAUUAUGUUGGUACAUUUCAGUCUACUUUACUAUUAUGUAUGGCUGUGGAUCGGUUCUUUGCUAUAUGCAGGCCUCUUUAUUAUCACAAAUAUAUGCAAAUGCCCAACUUUCUAAAGUUUGUUAUCGUGCCACUAAUCAGAAAUAUAAUCUUAAUUACCACAAUGGUUUCUUUGGCUGGAAAAUUGCAAUUUUGUAUGAAAAAUGAAAUAGAUCACUGUUUUUGUGAACACAUGGCAUUGGUUCAGUUGGCCUGUGGAGAUAUUUCUGUUAACAACAUAGUAGGACUUUCAGCUGCUUUUCUAAUACCAACUGCAGAUGAUGUUUUCUUUAUUUUAUCUUAUUUCAUAAUACUUGCAUCUGUGCUAAAAUCUGGGAAGUCUCACUUAAAGGCUAUUAACACUUGUGUUACGCAUCUAAUUGUCAUGGCAGUUGCCUUAACAUUUGCCUUGAUUGCCUUUAUGUCUUACAGAAUAAGAAAUAAUUUCUCUUCCAGCAUUCGUGUUUUUCUGAGUACAAUGUACUUACUCUUUACAAGCUGCUUCAACCCAAUUAUUUAUGGAGUAAGAACAAAAGAAAUUAGAGAACAGUUUCUUAAAUUCAUGAAUCGAAUGAAGAUGUUACCACAGUGCUAUAAUAAUGUAGAUUAA